GAGCCUUACUCCAUCCAAGUGACGCAAUCUCUCCAUUAGUCUGUUGUACUUUGAGUCAUGACUGAGAAGGUGUAUCGAGAUAUCGAGGGCCAGAAAGCCUCCGUGGUCUCAAUGCCUGUGAACAAAGGUCUGAUCAGUGACGGCGAUACUGUUGUGCUUGGUAAGAUUACGACUAGUAGUAAUGGACACUUCUGACGCUGAAAAGCUGGUAUGGGGUACAAGCAAGAGCUUCGACGCAACUUCAAAAUGAUAGAGGUCUUCGGUAUUGCGUUCUCCAUUAUGGGUCUUGUGCCGUCCAUCGCAAGCACCUUGUCCUACUCAAUUUCAGCCGGGCCUGUAGGACUCGUCUGGGUGUGUCGUUCACGAUCCAGACGCCAGAUAUUUCGACUGCUUACAUCCUCCCAGGGCUGGUUUCUCUCAAGUAUGUUCAUCUUCGUUGUCGGCCUCGCAAUGGCAGAUCUCGGCUCUGCUAUGCCAACCGCAGGUGGUCUUUACUGGUGGACUCACUACUUCGCAUCCCCCAAGACCCGCAACCCCCUUUCCUUUCUCGUCGGCUACAGCAAUACUCUUGGUCUGAUUGGCGGCCUAUGUUCCGUUGAGUACGGCUUUGCUCUCAUGUUCCUGUCCGUCAUCGUCAUUGCGCGCGACGGUGAGUGGGUGCCGUCUAACUCCACUGUUUAUGCGGUUUUUACGGUCUGCAUACUCUGUCACGCUAUCCUUGCGUCCACGCUUUCCAAAGUCAUGGGUAAACUGCAGACCGUAUUUGUGGUUGUAAACUUCGCCUUGAUAUUGGCCACAAUUGUUGUGCUGCCGGUCGGGAGAUGGAGUGAGAGGAAUGCCGCAAAGUGGGUUUUCACGCAUACUGAUAAUCUGACAAGUUGGCCAAGUGGAUGGGCAUUUAUGUUGAGUUGGAUGAGUCCGAUUUGGACGAUUGGCGCGUUUGACAGCUGUGUGCAUAUCAGUGAGGAAGCAUCAAAUGCACCCAAAGCCGUGCCAUACGGGAUUCUCAUGUCAAUUGGAUGCUGUUGGCUGUUUGGUUGGAUCUUGUGCAUUGUGAUUGCGACAUGCAUGAGCCAGGACCUUGUCUCGGUUGUUGGAACGAGCUAUGGGCAGCCAAUGGCGCAGAUCUACUACGAUGCGCUUGGGAAGAGGGGGGCAAUGGGAAUGAUGAGCUUCCUAAUGAUUGUGCAGUUUCUAAUGGGGUUGAGUAUUCUCGUCGCUGCAUCAAGACAGAGUUGGGCAUUUUCGAGAGAUGGUGCAUUACCAUUCAGUUCGUUCUUCAGGCCGAUCUCGACGCGAUUGGGAUACAUUCCACUAAGGACGGUCUGGGGAUGUGCGAUUGCAGGGCUGGUUCUUGGCCUGAUCUGCUUGAUUGCACCAGUUGCUGCGUCGGCGCUAUUCAGUCUUUGCGUCUCCGGGAAUAAUCUUGCCUGGGGCCUGCCGAUAUUCUGCAGGCUUGUUUGGGGACAGCAGAAGUUUAGGCCAGGCUUUUUCCAUACUGGUAGGUUCAGUAACGCGAUUGGAUGGACUGCGAUCGUGUUUCUGAUUUUUGGAAUUUGUCUGAGCAUGUUCCCGGUGGGAAGCCCAAAUCCGGAACCAGCGAGCAUGAAUUAUGCAGUGGUGGUGAAUUCGGCGGUAUGGGGUGGAAGCCUUGCAUACUAUUUUUUGAGCGCAAGGAAAUGGUUCACAGGACCAAAGACUACGUUGGAUGUGGCAGUUGCGUCGGAUAGCGAUGAAACACGAGAGACAGACGCAAAAGAAUAGGUUUAGGCAGAGAGAAAGGAAAUGAAGACUUCUGAAGGCUUUUCGUAGGAGCCGAGAAUA